AUGGACGAAUGUGUCGAAAUUGACGAAGAAAGAGAACAGCAAAAACGGCAACGUUUUGUAUCAUUUAUAUCACCACGACGAUUUAUUUUAUCAAAAUAUGAACAAAAUUUCGACGAUAAAAAACCGGUAAAUCAUACUGUUCUUCCAUUAGUCAGUUCAAUGUGCCGUCGCUGUUUGGAACCAAUGAAUUCUGACGAGGUCUCACAUAGCUCGAUUGCAGUUGAAACAGUUCCUUUAAAAAAGCGGUUCAUAUCGAAAAUUAAGGAUGUACCUUUGGACAUUCUCCUGAAAAUGAAGCCAGCACCAUUUAGUUGCCUUACAACGAUUCCAUUGGUAGAUAUAAAUCUUCCUGGCGAUGUGUCUUUUUUGGUCGAUACAGCUGUUGUUCCUGAAUGUGAUUUAUUUGUUGAUAAUUGCGGUAUAUGGAAUACGAGAGAUAGACAUUCUACUACUAAGAAACAUUUAUUAGAUAAAAGUGGAAUGAAAGCAACUGCCGAAAAUGCGGUUUAUUUGCUCGAGAAGAAAUAUGCAACUCAUCCUACAGCUCAACCUGAUAGCAGUUUAAUGAAAGUACGUUGGGUAAUAAAACGAGAUGGAAGGGCUAUUGGAUUGGCACUUAUUUCUUAUCGAAUUGAAAAUGGUUGUGUUCUUCCUGCAUUGCCUCAUGGUAAUAAAAAGUCUUUUGGUGAAGUAUAUCAGCGUACACUUCCAUCUGCUCUUCAAUAUAUGAAGAAAAAAUGUUUCGAAUCAGCAGAUUCAUCUAAUAUUUCUGGAGAGUUAAAGGUUGGCUGUAUUAAUCUUACGGCAGAUUAUCGACAAUUUAUUCCUAGAAAUGUUCAUCAACUGUAUAAUCUUCGAAGAUCUUGUAAACAAUAUCAAGAUUCGACUAAUAGGAAGAAGCCAAAUAUUAAGCAAAUAUAUCAACAUUUACAUCACACAAAUUUACAGUAUUCGGAUCGAAAUGAAUCACAUGUAUGUACUACUUCUAGGGAUUCUUAUUGUUUAAGAGUAACUGAAUAA